AUGUCUCCCACCUCUUCACCCGCACCUUUCCAAGACAAGACCCCAAAAGAGUGUUCUGAGAUUCUUCAAGCAUUGGUCAAGGAUACCGGAUCUGAAAUCAAUGUGGAAAACUUUGCGAUCUUGGAUGAGAGGUCUAAGGAAGAUGAUACUGUGUGGCUUGUACAGGCUUCCAAAAGAUCGGGAGAGAUUAAGAUUGUUCGUGGGGCUUUAAAGCAGACGGAUAUGUCGCUUGAAAAUCUUUGGGUUGGAAAUAUGAAUAUUGAAGAGUUUGAGGUAUGA